CAGGGCCGCUCCGAGGGCCGCAGCCGGGACGGCGCCACGCGGGGGUUGAGCAGGGCGCGGUGGCGGGGCGCUCGGGGAGGCCCGGGCAGCUGAUGGUUUUGGCCAAGUAUCCUGAGGUAGCUGGGCUAACCUCCUCCUCCCCACCUACCUCUUGUCCUCCUCCCCACACCACCACCACCCUGGCUUCCCUUCCUCAUGACCGCCUGGAUCCUCCUUCCUGUCAGCCUGUCAGCAUUCUCCAUCACUGGCCUAUGGACUGUGUAUGCCAUGGCCGUGAUGAACCACCACGUGUGCCCCGUGGAGAACUGGUCCUACAACGAAUCCUGCUCUCCUGACCCCCCUGAGCCAGGGGGCCCCAAGACCUGCUGCACCCUGGAUGAUGUCCCCCUCAUCAGCAAGUGCGGCACAUACCCUCCAGAGAGCUGCCUCUUCAGCCUCAUUGGCAACAUGGGUGCUUUCAUGGUGGCCCUGAUCUGCCUCCUGCGCUAUGGGCAGCUCCUGGAGCAGAAUCGUCAUUCCUGGGUUAACACCACGACGCUCAUCACAGGCUGCACCAACGCCGCGGGCCUUGUGGUAGUCAGCAACUUUCAGGUGGAUCACGCUAAGUCUCUGCACUACGUGGGAACUGGCGUGGCCUUCACCGCCGGCCUGCUCUUUGUCUGCCUGCACUGUGCCCUCUCCUACCAUGGGGCCACUGCCCCCCAGGACCUGGCUGUGGCCUACCUGCGGAUCCUGCUGGCAGCUAUCGCCUUUGUCACUCUGAUCCUCAAUGGUGUCUUCUUCAUCCACGAGAGCUCCCAGCUGCAGCACGGGGCAGCCCUGUGUGAGUGGGUGUAUGUCAUCGACCUCCUCAUUUUCUACGGUACCUUCAGCUACGAGUUCGGGGCAGUCUCCUCAGAGACACUGGUGGCUGCGCUGCAGCCUGCCCCCGGCCGGGCCUGCAAGUCCUCCGGGAGCAGCAGCGCCUCCACGCACCUCAACUGUGCCCCUGAGAGCGUCGCCAUGAUCUGAGGUCUGGGGAGGAUGGCUGGUCCGGCCUCCACAGCUCCCCGACCCUGUCGCUCCUUUGCAUUUAUUUUGUACCAAAAAACAAUCCUGAGAAAGUAUUCUGUUGGGACGCAGGCUUCCUCGCUCCUGGAGGAGUGGCCAUCCCACACCCACCUGUGCCAUAGAGGAGCGGGCCCUGGCACUGCCCGAGCACAGCCCGCUCCCCACACCACAGUGUUGUUUUUACGUUUUAAGGUCACGUAUCCUCAUUCACCCAGCCAGCCCUUCAGGUGCCUUCUACUCCCCAGUGCCAAAGCCAGACCACUGGGGUUUCCUGCUGCAGGAAUUGGGGGCUGGGAACAGCAAGAGAGAGAAAGUCGGGGGGCAGGGGUAAGCACUCUUAGUCGGUGGAAAGGCCCAUUUUUGGGUCCACUGAGCUGCCCUGGGAUUCUUCGCUCUGCCCCCUUUCUUUAGGGCAAAUAACACAGCAGAACCACGUGGGUAUUUUAGUAUUUUUUUUUUUAUAUCUAUUAAAAGAAUUCUAAUUUGCA